AUGGAUGUCAACGACAGGCAGUCUCUUAUCACAAGACUCAAAAAUUCGGUCCCUCUUUUGUUCCGAAAGCGUCAAACCAUGUCUAAACCCGAAGAGUUCCGAGCGACUGACACCAUAACCCACCGCUAUGCCGAUGCCGAUGUUUUGAAGCGGAUGCUUGUCAAAUUCAAGUUUACCGAGAAUACAAUCAAGAUAAGGGCUACCAAAGCGAAGGGAUUCGAAGUGCAGCUUUCCAGGCGUCUGACAGCUGAAGAGAAAGAGGAAAUCAUGACCGAGUUUGAGGAGGAAGCUGAAAAAAGAGCCAUGGCGGCGCUGGACUGA